GUCUGGCGCGGGUUUUAAAAUCACUACUGCGCUGUCAGGGAAAUAAGAAGGGGGUGAUAGGUUCUAUAAUACGGCCACGAUUAGGAAUUAGGGUCUAAUUUUUUUAACCGAUCAAUAUUCAGAUUAUCUAAUGUCAUGAGUCUACACACUCCGACACAGUGGGUGGCGGUAUGCAAAGUUGGUAUCCGAUCCGCCAAUUAAACACAACGAAGAAGAAGCAGAAGAAGAAGCAGAAGAAGAAGAAGGCUGCGAAGAAGGCUGGCGCGGGCUGUUCAAAACACGGAGAAGAAACGCGGGCAGUAGAAUCUGGAGAACCGCCGCCAACUCAACCUUAUACCAACUUUUUUUCUUGUUUAUCGCUUUAUGUAGCACGACGGAUACGUGUUCGGUGACGUUUGUGAAAAUGAUGCCCGCUACUACCAGGAAGAGAAAGCUCUCCUCUCUGGACUCUGACAGUCACCCGGCCAAGAAGGGGGUGAGGGAGGAGAUGUCCCCCUUGAAGAGGAGAUCCCCAAGAAAGCCCCGGCAGUCUCCAACCAGAAAGAAGCCAGCUGAGUGUCUGGACAAGGAGAACUGUCCCUCGCCACAGAAAUCCCCACGUAGACCAGCAGGCUCACCAGCCAAAUCGCCCCGUAAAUCUCCGUUCAAACCUACCAUGGUUACAAGCUCCUUCUAUGGCAAGCAAAAGCCCGUCUAUCUCACUCCACUAGAGAGGAAGGCGAUAAAGGAGUCUCUGCCUUGUCCUUCUACUCUUCCAUCGCCUCCCCCCCAGGCAAAAAAGCCGGCUAAGAAGAAUAAGAAGAAUGUAAAAGGAGGCAAAAAGCCAGGAAAGGUUCCCGCAGGAUCUAGUAAUGCGGGGAAGAUGGGUAUCAAAAGCUAUGCGACAUCCACAAAGACAAUCAAGCUGUCGAAACUUAAUAGCAGUGUCACAGCUAAACCAGCAUCUACUAAGACUGCUGCUCCCGCCAGCAGCACUAAACAAGCAGAGUCCAAGAAAGCAAUCACCAUCACUUUCAGCAGCCUGAAGCCUAAACCGAAGAUCUUUGUCGGAGCUGCUUUCUUCGGUACGGGGAAGAAACCUACAUCAAUGUACAAGAAAUCUGCACCAAAGUCCUCGACCAGGCCGGCUUCAGUCCAGGGGAAAGAUAAAGCUUCCCUGCCGCAAAAAAAGAGUGAGAAGACAACGCAGCAGGAGCAGCAGCAGCCUGCUUUGGUGAUGAACCAACAACAUAAACAUCCUGAACAGACUGCAGUCCAGCCGGUUGAGACAGAACAGAAGCGCCCAAGCACCAAGCAGAGAGCAAAGUUUGAUCCGACAGAUUGGAUGGACUCUUUUAACGAAGAGCCUGAAACUCCACAUUUGUUAAGCUCACCGAAAGUCUUGAUGGAGAAAUAUGGGAUCACCAAGGAGCUGACGAUUGUGUUGACAAGGACCCCAAUACCAGGUUCUGCAUCUACAGCCUUAUCCACCAUUACUCAGGACGAUUCUUUGACAGACGGUGGGUCUGAGCCCAUCUUUGACCUAAGUGAUACAAGUCCCACCAGCGCUGCCUCCAGCCCGCCCAAAGAAUCUGCAGCAGUGUAUCCCAUCUUUGGCUCUGCCUCCAAGAGGUUAAAAAAUGCAGCUCGGCAGCUUCCAGUGCCCUGCAGCACCCCCUCUGGCCCAAUCACGUCACUGCAAACUCCAUCUUCAGCUAAAGAGCGAUGUGCACGCAGGAGGAAAGAGAAGCAGGAUGGUGACCAGCUCAUCAUCGAUGCAGGUCAGAAGCAGUUUGGAGCAACAACCUGCAGCUCGUGUGGGAUGGUGUACAGCGCCGACAAUCCGGAGGACAAUUUCCAACACACCCAGUUCCACCAGCGCUUCCUCGACUCCAUCAAGUUUGUGGGCUGGAAGAAGGAGCGGGUGGUGGCUGAGUUCUGGGAUGGAAAAAUUCUCCUGGUCAUGCCAGAUGAUCCCAAAUACGCCAUCAAAAAGGCUGAGGAUGUGCGUCGCGUAGCGGACAACGAGCUGGGUUUCCAGCAGGUGACUCUGAGCAGACCAACACAGGCCAAGACCUACCUGUUCAUCAACACGGAGCGAAUGGUGGUGGGAUGUCUGGUCGCGGAACCCAUACGACAGGCCUACAGAGUCCUCGAGCAGCCAGAUCGACACAAGGACAUGAAAAAGGACGACUUCAUGGAGCGACACAGAGCCUGGUGCUGCUCCACCAUCCCAGAACAAGCUCUGUGCGGGAUCAGCCGGGUCUGGGUCUUCAGCCUCGCCAGACGGCAGGGCAUCGCCACCCGCAUGCUGGACACCGUCAGGAGCACCUUCAUGUACGGCAGUCAUCUGACCAAGGAGGAAAUUGCCUUCUCUGACCCGACGCCUGACGGCAAACUGUUCGCGACCAAGUACUGCAACACACCAGCCUUCCUCGUUUACAACUUCAUUGCGUGAAGUUUGGAAAGGAUUUAUCUAAAUACGUGGAUUAAAGCUACUAUUGGGCCUGUUCAUAUGCAAUACUUGCAUUACUGAUUUAAGAUAUUCAGGCAACUGUUCCGGUUUUUCAUGUUGGCUAGGCCAGGCUUUGAUUUGUAUUGACAAGUGUGUAUAAGCUUGAGUUGUAAAAUUAUUAUGCAUUCUCCUUAGGAUAAAGUAGGUUUAGUGUUUUUAUGUUAUUAAUACACCUGCUAUUGCUCAGUAUUUAUACUUGGAGCUGCCUAAUUUACUGUUGAAUGUUGUGUGUGUGUAUAUUGGCAGUGCUUUCAGAUGUUUAUAUUUCACAUAAUAAGGAGUUUAAAUGUGGAGUGACGGAUAAUAUUUCCCAUUUCUGGAUAUAUCCAUGUAGCUUGCUUUGAAUCAUUUUGUUUUCUUGCAUCAAAGUAAACUGGAAACCUCCUUUGAUAUGUUCACUUAAAUGUUCAGAUUUUUCUUUUUUCUUGGUACAAGCUCAAGGUUUUCUGGAAGAAAAUAUGUUUAUAGACGUUGACCUGUUGAAAGGUGGAAGCCAUUGUUUAGUGGCAUUCUACUUUGUAAAUAGAUUUAAUAAACAUUGCCUUUGUUUUAUGAACCUAGA